AUGUCAUCAUCGUCUGGUGUAACUAAUUUAUUUAUUGAUAAAUCUCAACAACCAAAUCAAGAUGAACAAGGAUUAAUAAAUAUUGGGAAAAAUUGUCAAUAUUGUAAUCAAUUAGAUUUUUUACCUUUUAUAUGUGAAUUUUGUGAAAAAACAUUUUGUUCUCAACAUCGAACUAUUGAACAACAUCAAUGUAUUGGUAAAGAUAAAUUUUUCAAUCAACAUCAUUCAUCAUCUAGAUCAUCUAGUCCUGAAUCGGGUAAUAAUAAUUAUAAUAAUACUAGUAUUUCUUCCAAAAGUUUAUUCCCAGAUCGAGAAGCUGAUAAACGGAAAUUAGAAGCGAAAUUGAAUUCAAUUAAUCCAAAACGACCAACUACUAUUAAAGAAACUCAAUUCAGAGUUGGAGAUGUGGCUAUUGGAUCUAAUGCAUUUAAGAAAUUUCAAAAAUUCUUAACCACUCAAAAGAUGAACAAGAACAAAAACAGUGUCAAUGGAUUGAAUUCAAUUUCAAAAUUAUUUGGUAAAUCAACUUCUAAUAAUAAUAAUAAAUUUAUUGAUAUUGCUAAUUUAAAAAAAAAUGCUAAAGGUGAUAAUAAAAUUAAAAUUAAUGAUAGAAUAUAUAUUUGGUGUAUUUAUGUGAAAAAUCCUGAUUUAUCAAUAUCAAUUGAUAAAGAUAAAAAACCGAUAUUUAUAUCGAAAAAUUGGGUUGUUGGAAGAUCACUUGAUUCAAUUGCUGAUAAUUUACAUAUUCAAAAUAAUAAUAAUAUUACUAAUGAAUCACUGGAGAAAUUAAAUAUUUUUAAAUUAGAAAAUAAUGGUAAAGAUGAUGUUGAUGGAGAACCAAAAUUGAUAAUUACAUCUUUAAAAUCAACUGUUUUUAAAACUGGUGAUAUAAUAUAUUUAGUUAGAGGAACUAUAUAA